AUGGGACUCUGGACCGAUGAACUGGACAUAACCUGGUUGAAGGAGCUUGUGCAUCAAGUCGUUGUCGUCGGGAAACGUGCUCGAAGCGGGUACAAGAAAGAAGCGUGGGCUGCACCUCUCAAGACACUCAACGACGUGCAUGGACAAAUCAUUCCAUUCUCACUGCAACAACUCAAGUCACGGCACGACACGGUCAAAGGCGCGUACGCAGUGAUAUCAUCAAUCGUGAACAGCAGCGGCAUGGGAUGGGAAUCGGCAACAUGCCGUGCGGAGUGUCAUACGACUACGUGGGAGGCCUUGUUGGACGGCAAGCCAAAGUCAUGGGGUGCAUGGCGCCACAAAAGGUUUCCACAGUUCGACCUUUGCGAGGCACUUUUCCGUGGAACCCUGGCUCAAGACCUAUUGGUGGUUGCCUCUACUAAUCCACCGUCAACUCAAACCCGCGCCGACGAUCAAUCCUCUGAUGAAGACCUGCAAGACUCGCGUGACCUUGGCUCAGACAUUGAAGACAACACAAACGAAAUCGAUGGACGCGGUCGUCUUUCGUCUCUUGGCAGCGCGACCAAGCCGCCAAGCAAGCGUCAACGUCUGACAAUGGCGUCACAAUUGUUGCAGACGUUCCAGGGUAUGGGUACAACUUGCGCACGUGAGUUCGAGUUGAUGUCCAAGAGGUUCAAGUCGUCAGAAGCUUCCCCAACUGCCAACGCUGUCAAGCUCCUGCACGACAAGCUUGAUGGCGUUCUCUCUGUGGACGACAUGAUGCUGGCAUUGGAAGCGUUGGAGAAUGCGACACGUGCAACAGUGUUCAUCUCAAUGAAUGCUGCCUUACGUGAAACGUGGAUCUUGCGUUAA